UUAUGUAUGAAAAUGCUUGUAUCCAAUAUCAAUGAUACUUCUGACUUUACAGAUGACUGGUCUACUUAUAGGAAGAAAUAGGACUAAAAAAUGAACUAGAGAAAGUCUCAACUCUCAGGAGGAAUCUAAAAAAAUCUGCUUUGACACUGGAAGAGAGAGGAAGGUCAAACUUGCUAAAAAUGGUAUUUGUCCCUCAGAUCCCUUUAUCAGAAGUACAGAAAAAACACAGCCCUUCAUUUUGUCAGACUCCACAAGCAUUUUUGACUCCCCUUCCAAAACAAAAACACUUGCUUGUGCUUGUCAUUAUGAAAGUGUGGCGGGUGCUGAUGUGCUGUCAGGAUCACCUGUAGCAUAUUUUUAUCUCAGUUUUGUAACCCUUCCACUAGAUAAUAGUAAAAGUCCAAGAUAACCAAGUUAAUUCCCACCUUACUACUUAUUUUCAGCUGCAUGAAUUAGAAUUCUGUCCACACUCAUUGAGGUGUUCAUCCUCUGUUCAUCAUCCAAUCUAGUUGAAAGUACUGCUUCAACAGUUCCAAAGUUAAUGUGAUGUCUCUUGAAGGCAUUCAUGUUGAUGUACAUGCAGAUGCAGCAGCUUUACCUCCAUGUCCUGAUGCUCCACUACCCAGUGAUUGCUGUGGCUCCGGCUGCUCUCCCUGCGUGCAUGACUUAUACCAAAAGGACUUGGAAGACUGGAAGCAACUUUGUAGAAACCUAAGAGAUGGGAGUGUUAUUUGUGAUUCAUUUAGUAAUGAUACAAUAGGAUCUGCCAGGCAUAUUUUUCCUCAUAAAUAUACAGCAUUCCAGCUAAUUUCUAUUGAGAAAAUCACAACUGAUUCAUAUUUGUACUCCUUUAAAAUUGAUAACAAUGGAAGUUUAAAUUUGAAAGUUGGUCAGCACAUUAUUUCACAACUCAUCAGAGAUGAUGGGAAGCCCAUAAGUCGUCAGUAUACACCUGUUAGUGAAAUGGACGCGGUAGGUAGAUUUGAGGUUAUAAUUAAAUUGUACGAAAACGGUAGAAUGAGUCAGCUGAUAAAAAAAUGGAAAGUUGGAGAUAUGAUUCUAUGGAGAGGACCUUUUGGUACGUUUUCAUAUUCCCGAAAUACUUGCAAGAGGAUAAUACUCGUCGGAGCCGGUACAGGUAUUGCUCCUCUGUAUCAGGUUAUUCGAUUUGUUCUGAGUGAUGGGGAUGACGAAACUCAAAUGAAUUUGAUGUAUGCUUCAAGAUCAUUUUCAGAAAUAAUACUUCGAAAUGAGCUUUUAGAUUUGACAAAUUAUUGGAACUUCUUCAUGUGUCAUUAUUUGAGUAACGAAAGUAAUAGACUAGGCAAGAAAUAUAGGGAGAAUGUUGAAUUCAGAAAAAUAACAAAGGACGAUGUCAAGAAUGAAAUUCAAAAAUCUUGUUUGGUGGGAACGAAGUUAUUAAUCUGUGGUACAAAAUCUUUUAACAAAGAUAUGAUCAAUUGUAGCAGAGAUUUGGAUCUUCUAGAGAGUCAAGUGUUCACAUUUUAAUAGUCCUUACUUCCUUAGGCAGUAUGAAAUCACCGAGUUUGUGGUUGUAUACCGAAGUUUAAUAGGACCGUAGCCGUAGGGUUUUGUGUGAUUCAUUAAUGUAUUCUUCCGUGAAAGAAUAUAACGACUCAGUUGAUAUUGAAAAUUUAAAAAUUCGCAAAAAACAUAGUUUAUGGAAGUCACAUCGCAACAAUAGCUUAUAUUGGAAAACCUUUUUCAUGACUAACUGCGGUUUGAUGACUGCUAACCACGGACCUACAAACUACGAUCGCGACAAAAAUAUCAAGUGAGUGAUGGAGAAACACGAGUUUACCGAAAAUGAUAGCGUGAUAAUAGAUUAACUACCAUACAAAACUGCGUUAAAUUAUACAAUAUUGUAAUUGAAAGCCUGUAACCUUCAGAAAAAUUGCAUGUUUGUUGUACAAGUCGAAUAAACGUGUUAGGUAGCAUGUAUUUCAUUUUUGUAUGUGGCUGAUACCCUUUUACUUUUUAUACACUAUUAAAGUUUGCGCUGCGAAAACGUCCUUGUCGCGCCAUGCUACUAUACAAAAUGAAGGUGGUUAACCCCAUGGCUUAACAUUAGUCCAAACCUUGUUUAACCCGCUCGGCAUGUGUCCCCUGGUGGGUACAAAGAUAAAAUUGCAAUUUCAUUAUCGUAUGAACGAAAUAUGUUCAUAAUAUCAAACCAGGUUUUUUACGCUGCAGGACUAUAUAAAGAAGGCGACAGGUGUGUUAUGUAUCAAUUAAUAAAUAAA